CAUGCCCCGGCCCCGGCCCCGGCCCCGCUGCGUCGCAAGCUGCCGCGCCAGAGCCCUACACAGAGAGCCAUGGCUUCGAACCUCUGCCCGCCGUCCCCGCUGUUCGUGCGGGUGUCCCAGCCCGGGAUCCGUCUUCAAAGGAAGCUGGAAAAGUACUUUCAGAGCCGGGAGUCGGGAGGCGGAGAGUGCACCGUCCGUGCCCUGGAUCCCAGCGACCAGGGCACCUAUCGGGUGGAUUUCCAGCAACGGGCGGGUAAGGAGGGAGUGUUGAAAAAAGGAAAGCACCAAAUUGUGGUUGACGACAAAACUGUGACUAUUUUCCUGGAACCCAAUGAAAAUGCAGUAGAGAAGAAUACAAGGGCCAGAAUGUCUUCUCUGACACAGUCACAAAAAGGGGCGAGGUCUGGUGAGAAGCAUCCAAAUGAAAAGCACAUCCCUAAUGCUGUGGAUUCCUGUGUCAGAAAGAUCUUUCUUACUGUCACAGCUGAGCUAAACUGUCACCUGCUCUCCAAAGAGCAGAGGGAGCAGAUCACCAUUCUCUGCCCCAAUGUCAAAUGUGUGGAGGGCCGUGAUGGAACUGAGAAGGUGUGUGGUGACUUCAGAGAUAUUGAAAGAAUACAUGGCUUCUUGAGUGAGCAACUGUUGGAAAGAGAACAGAAACCUGAUUCUUCCCUUUUGACAACAGAGAUGGAGCCACUCCAUCAGCAGGAUGCACACAGCUAUGUUUCUCCCUCUGAACCAAAAGCCAGGUCAGAGGAUAAAAGCAACCAUUUCGAAGUUCCCUUGGCUUUCUUUGAAUACUUCACAUACACCUACCCUGAUAAAAUAGGCUCAAUAGAGAAAAGAUUUGGUACAAAAAUAAAAGCUCGAGAGAGUUCUUCAAAUAUAGUCUAUUUAGACUUCAUCUCAGGUAACCUCGAAGCAGCUCGCGACUCUUUCGCCAGUGAAUUUCAGAACGUAGGGACUCUGGGGCAGAAAUGUAUUGCUUUUGCAGACAGUAAGCAGGCAAAUGAAAUCAAACAAGAAUUAAGCCAGCAGUUUACAAAGCUCCUCAUAAAGGAGAAAGGGCGAGAAUUAACCCUUCUUGGGACCACAGAUGACAUUUCAGCUGCUGAACACCUUCUUGCUUCAAAAACCUCUGAAAGUCUUAUCAAGGCACCCGUGAAAAUAUUGACUGCCAAGCACAUGAUGAAUGGAAUUCAGGUUGACACUGCUCACUAUAAGCUUUUAGAAGCGGAAUUAUUCCAGGAGAUAUCAAAAAUAGAAAAAAAAUACAACACUCGAAAGCAGGUUUUGGGAUUAGGUCAGAAAACCUGCAUUCUGUUUAAACCUAAAAUCAAGGAGUUAGAUCUGUCUGUGCAUGCUUAUUCAAGUUUCAUCGAUGCCUACCAACAUGUCUCUUGUCAGAUUAUGAGAGAAGUUCUUUCACUGAAAGCUUUGGGCAAGGAGAAAAAGCACUUGUAUGGGACCAAGUUUGCUGAUGACUUUAGAAAAAGACAUCCAGAUAUACACCUUGUGCUAAGUCAAGAGUCAAUGACUUUGACUGGGCUGCCAGAUAACCUUGCAAAGGCAAAACAGUAUGUCUUAAACAGAGCGGGAAUCUCUCCGUUAGCUGGAGAAAAAUGGAAUGAUGACCAUGAUGCACCCACUGACAGCAGUGAUUCAAAAACAGCUUCAACAACAUUCCAGCACUCUGCCAGUUCUGGGGUAUCAGGAGUGGACAAGGAAAAGGACACAUGUAUCAUCUGUAUGGACACCAUUAAUAACAAACGCGUGCUCUCCAAGUGCAAGCAUGAAUUCUGCAACCUCUGUAUUGAGAGAGCCUUUUCAUAUAAGCCAGUCUGUCCUGUGUGCCAGACUUCCUACGGCAUCCAGAAAGGAAAUCAGCCAGAUGGAAAUAUGAGUUUCAUUUACUUAAAGGACUCACUUCCAGGUUAUGAAUCCUGUGGCUCCAUUAAGAUUACUUAUACUAUUAAAGGAGGCAUACAAACAAAAGAGCACCCAAACCCAGGAAAGAGAUUUUAUGGAAUACAGCGAAGUGCAUACUUGCCUGAUAACCAGGAAGGAAGGGAGGUUCUGCGCCUGCUUCGUAGGGCCUUUGACCAAAAACUGAUUUUCACAGUGGGAGUGUCUCGAGCAUCAGGAUUCUCAGAUGUUAUUACAUGGAACGAUAUCCACCACAAGACAUCCUGCAGUGGGGGACCACAAUGUUAUGGCUACCCUGAUCCUGACUAUCUGAAACGUGUCAAACAGGAGCUGAAAGACAAAGGAAUUGAGUAAGAAGACUACGGGAAGUCUUGAGCCCAGCUUGCAAAAGGCACAGUCGAAGAUGCAGAGUAAAUACUAAUCUAAAUCUUUAUGUAAGAACACCUUUUAAAUUUUUCAUCUCAAGAAAUGGUUUGUGUAAGAAUAAGAAGUUUUUCUGGAGUGUUACAUUGUACGGAAGAUAAAAGCCCCAAAGAUCUGUGUGAUAUUUUGCUGCAGAGGUACUGUGCCUCAUUCUCAUGGCAUUCUUGCAGGGCUGUGGAGGUGGAGCAUUGUGGAUGUGGAAUCAUCUUCUGCGUUGUGCAGCUGAAGUACUAGCUGCUAGCUGAUCCUCUUCUUAUUGCCAUCUGUGGGGCAGUCCUUCAGUUUUGUUUGUUUGCCCUUUAAUCUCUACCCUAAAAGUAAAAAUCCUAGUGUGAAUAGGGGAGAAGAAGGCUUUGGUUAUGGAAAACUGGAGACCCACGUUCCCCUCCCUGCCCCACGGCCAGAAAAGUGGCCAGGGCAGAGACUGAGCAACCUUUGGUAAUAAAUGGAACAAGGCUAUUAUUUUUCAGGACACCUGGUGUACGGCUGGUGUUUAAUCAAUUGUUGCUGCCUGACUCGGGUUGCUAACAACCCAGCAGAGGAUAUAUGCUCCCUGAAUCUUGGGCAGAGGCAGGAGUAAGGAAGCCAUUUCUGGAGACCUCACCACUGAUUUGGAAAACCGAGUCUCUUACUCCAGAACACUUGGCCUCUGAACUCUGACUGGCCUCUAACUUUGUCCUUGCUCCCCCGAUCCCUGUAAUCUGCCACGUGGCACGCACUUGCCCCU